AUGGUUUUCUGUUGGGUUCUUCUUGCAAACUGCAAAGUAGAUUAUUCUUACAAACUGUAUAAUCAUUUAAUAUUUCAAGAACUUGGUAUUCCAGGACCAUCUCCUAACUUUCUAUUUGGAAAUUUAUUAGAUUUAUGGGGUAAGAAGGGAUUUCAUGAUAUCUACCAGAUUUGGAAUAAAAUGUAUGGCAAGAUAUUCGGAUACUUUGAAGGACCUUCUCCUAUAUUAGUUACAUCUGAUCCAGAUUUUAUCCAAGAAGUUUUUGUCAAACAAUUCCAACGUUUUCAUGCUCGAAAGGUAUCAGAUCCCGAGAAAGACGAACGAGUCCAUAUGUUUUUUGCUAUGGGUGAUAGAUGGAGAAGACUAAGAUCGGUUGUUAGUCCUGCCUUUAGCUCCAAGAAAAUGAGAGAGAUGACGCCUGAGAUAAAUAAAACGAUUGAUGGUUUAUUGAAUACUAUAACAGAAUGCAAAGGGAAAUCGGUGGAUUUUUUAUGUUUAUUUCAAAGAUUAACAUUAGACGCUAUAGUUCAUUGUGCUUUUGGUUUGGAUUCUCAAGCUGUUAAUGACGAUAAAGAACCAUUUUUAACUCACUGUCGUGGAGUAAUAGAAGAUACAACCAAACAACCACUGCUGUAUCUUUGCGGAUACAGAGGUGAGGUCUACGCUGUUCUGGUGAGGAAUAUUAAGUUGACACAGGUCAACUGCAUUAAUUUCUUUAUUUCCAUUCAAUUACAGAGCAGAAAAAAUGACCUGGUACAGUUAUUGAUAAAUGCUCGAAUAAACAAUAUCAACGACCCAAUGUUCAAUAUAAAUGGUAAAAACUUGUCAGACCAGGAGAUCGUUCAGCAGAUGUUGUUAUUUCUAUUAGCUGGGUAUGAAACAACCAGUACAUCACUGUCCUAUAUAUUUCACGAACUGGCUAAUAAUCCAGACAUACAAGAUAAACUAAGAACAGAGAUUAUUCAGCAUUACCCCAAAGAGGACGAUCAACCUUCCUAUGAAAAUGUGCGAUAUCUGAAAUACCUAGACUGGGUUGUCAAAGAAACAUUGCGAAAAUAUCCUUUAGCGAGUGUGAUUGUGGCAAGAAAAUGUAUGGAAACGUGUGUAGUAAACGGAUUAACUAUACCAAAAGGAAUGGUUAUACAGGCAGAUUUAUGGUCACUUCAUAGAGAUAACGAUGUGUGGGGAGAGGGUGAUAUGGAACUCUUCAAUCCAGAAAGAUUCUCUCCAGAAAAUUCAGCUAAGCUACACCCAUGUGCUUGGUGCCCGUUUGGAGCAGGACCAAGAAUGUGUGCUGGGUUGAGAUUUGCUGUUCUUGAAAUAAAAAUGACCAUAGCAGUACUUCUUAAAAAAUUUCGAUUCACUCCAGCAGCUGACCAUCGUUUGGAAAUGUCUGAAGGUGCAACAAUUUCACCAAAAUACGGGGUUCGAUUGAACGCCGAGCUUUUGAUGUCUCAAAAGGUUUCCUGA